UUGUUUUUUCUCUUUCCAAAUACCUCAAACAUACAGUUUUGUACGGUAAUUUGUGUUGAGCUGAUCUAAGUUGUAUAAAUUUCGUUUUGUGUAAUGGCUCUUCUUCUGAAAAAAAUAUACCUAGGAUAUUUCUGGUUAUUUGAAGAUAUAGCGGAUCCCAGGCCCAUGGAGAUGGGUCUGUUUUUGAUGUCCUCGCCUUUUGAACCGGGUAUUCUUGUGGGAUUAUAUCUUUAUUUCGUCCUGAAAUUGGGACCGGAGCUCAUGAAAAACCGCAAACCUUUCGAUCUCAGGAAUGUUAUAAUAAUUUACAAUGCCAUUCAGAUAGUGAUCAAUACGUACGUUGCCUAUGAGGCAUUCAUUGAAAUAUAUUUUUAUUCGAAUUGGGACUGCUCGCCGAUUGAUUACUCACAUAGUCCUCGUAACAAAUAUGUAGUUCGGAUGUAUCAUCUCUUCUUCCUCAUCAAAGUAGUUGAUUUGAUAGAUACGGUUUUCUUCGUCCUACGAAAGAAACAACAGCAAGUAACUUUUUUACAUAUAUAUCAUCAUUUUGGCAUGGUCCUGAUACUGUGGAUUUGUACGAAAUUUUACGCAGGUGGUCAUGGAACUUGGACUGGACUCAUCAACUCGACUGUACAUUCGAUUAUGUACACCUACUAUCUGCUAGCAGCUUUGGAUGAGAAGUGGAAGAAGAGUUUAUCUCUAAAAAAGUUCAUCACAUUGAUGCAAAUG